UCCUUCAUCUCCAUUUCUCCUAUGCUUCUUUUCUUAAAUACUUUUUGAUAGUUUCUCAUAGGGUUUCUUUAAGUUUUAGAUCCAAAAUGUCUCCUCAAAGCCAAUCUUGGACUUGCUCAACAUCUCUAAGUCCACAACAAUCAAAAUCUCCUCUGGUCACUCUCAACCUUUUUCCUUCUCCAUAUCCCUCAUCCUCUACUCCCACUCCUGAUUUUUUUUCUUCUUCUCAUUCUUUGUCCUCUACUAGAACCCCCAACAUCUUUUCUCCUAAACCAUCAUCUUUUACUACAUCUUCUUCUAAUGCCUCCUGGGUUAUGGCAAGUGAGAAUCAGAAAGGAGAUAAUGACUAUUUGAUUCGAGUCAAGCCUAUAGAUUAUAUGAUUGGAGAGAAUAGCAAAAUAGGAUCUACUUAUAGUCAGAUGUUAAACUUGAUGCCAAUAAGCCUAGGGGCAGAAUCAUCUUCAUCAAAUGCUGCUCAGAAAAAAUUGGGAGGAGCUUAUAGGAUCUUUCAUGCUGAGGAUGAAUUCUUACUUUCUUCAUCAACAAACCAAGUUUGGUGUGAUAGAGGUCCCCGUUGUUACUCUGAGGUCGUGUCAAAUGAUUCCCAAUGCACACCCUUUCCAGCAUCUUAUGAACUUGGUAAUCAUCAGCAUCCCAGGCAGGAGUCUGAAGCCAAAGCAUUAAAAGUAGUUUUACUGAAGCAUUUGACAAAAACAGAUGUUAGUAGCACCGGGAGAAUAAUAAUUCCAAAGGGAGGGGCUGAGAGAGGGCUUCCACACUUAAACAACAAGGAUGGCAUGACCCUUUUUAUGGGGGAUCUGUUCACUGGUAAAGUAUGGACCUUCAAAUAUAGGUUCUGGACCAAUCACAAUAGUAGAAUAUAUGUGAUAGAAAGGGCAGGUUCAUAUAUCAGAAGUCACCAUCUUCAAAAAGAUGACCUUUUUAUUAUAUAUAAAGAUAAGGAUUCUGAAAUUUAUUAUGUUGCUUUCAGUAAGGAAAUUCCACCACCAAAACUAAUAGAUGACAAGCAAGAUAAUGCCAACAACCAGCAGCUAUUUAGAGGUGGAAAUGAGAGGGAACUACGUUGCCAAAUUUGUCAUAAACCAAGUAAGCACCUUUGCUCAUGUUUGCAAUUUAUCCACUAUCAUGACUAA